AUGGAGACUGAAAGUGAAAAUGCCACCCCACCACCUAAGAAGAAAACUAAGCGUAGUCCAGCUAUCACUGAUAUUAGCCUAGAGAAGGAGGUUGGUACCUCACAGGCCCCUUCUCCUCCUUUAGAUCCUAAUAUAUGGAUUUGUGGUGUGGAGAAAGAGGGAAAGAAUGUGGUGAAAGGGGAGACUCUGUCUCCUAAAGACAAAGUCACACUUGUUGGUGUGGAAACCCUGGAGAAUAAUGUUGAUUUUUCAAACUUCAAUAAAGAUAGCAGUGAUUCUCCCAUAGCUAUGCUUCAAAAUACAAAGACUAGGGUGAUGGAGUUUUAUAAGCACCCAGAAGUUGAAGCCAAGAUUUUAGCAGAGCUGCAUUGUGUCCUCCACAAGAGGAGUACAAACAGGGAGGAGUGGACAUUCAGGUUUGAGGAAGUGAAGCAGAUGGAUUAUCUGCACGCAACACUUUCAGAGAGUCUUCGACUCUACACGCCCAUUGUCGAGGAGGGCAAGGAGGCAGCCAAAGACGACAUUUUGUUGAACGGUACGCAGACAGAGAAGGGCGCCCAAGUGCGGUAUUCGAUUUACUUGUGCGGAAGGCUUGAUAGCGUGUGA